CCCUUAAUUAUAUACCAACUUUCCGGAGAAUUAUUCAGUCACCAGGAAAAUUACAACAUGGCCCAGCGGAGAGUUGUAAGUCCGGCGGGUCCGGUGUGGUUACACGGUACAUGCAAUACCCCACGGAAGAAUAGCCAAUGGAAAUGAUCGUAGACGCCACCGUCGGUAAGUCUGACCGCAUUGAUCUCUUCGCAUCGUACUACCGUACGCCUUCAGCACAGAUAACCGAAAUGAGUAUAGACACUCAUCCGAUCGAUACCGACUCAGCUUUCCCAUCGCCGCCACCAUCGUCAUGGAUACCGCCUCCGCCAGACGUAACCAUCUCUCCUCCACCAUCAUUUGAACCAACCUCUCUCCAAUCCCUAAUAUCUUUUUUCUCGGGCGUAAUACAACGAUUGGAGCCUACCUUCCUCCUCCGAGAAAUACCGUGGCUCAGGCGUGUGUUACCGCGACUACUCCACCCAGAGUUUACAUGGCAACACUUCGUAUUAGGUGAAAGGACACUCUCAACUCAGAUACCAAGUUACAACCGACCAAUAGGGCCAUUUACGCGCAGAUUAAUUGGUUAUCUACAUUAUGGCCUUAGGGAAUUUUCUCAGUAUUAUUGCGCCUGGUAUGGAAUUCGACAUAGAUGGGUCCUCGCCCCUCUCCCUUUCGGGCUCGUCUUAAAAUGGUCUGAUGGCACGAGCCUUGAUGAAGUCAGCUCCAUGUGCGCUAUACGCAGAGCUGGGAUUCCCGCUCCACUGGUUAUUAGCUAUGGCGAACACGCAAGUACUCCCUGGGCUCCGAUAUCUAUCCUAAUGACACGCAUCCCCGGACCAGAGCUCGCUGAUGUUUACAAAUUCCUCGAUCCAGAUAAGCGUCAACAGAUUGUUUCAGAGAUUCAUGCCAUGUUAAAGACGAUACGAUCAUGGCCAAAUCCAUGGGAGAAGAGGAUCUACAGCCUUUCCGGCGGCCCUAUACGCAGUAUUCGGGUUCCUAACCAUUCCCUUGGGCCCUUUGAAUCGGAAUCUGAGCUUAAUGAUUACCUCAUCAGCACUGCCUCACUCCACGGCUUUAAAUCUACUGAAGAUUUUGAAAAUGCACUAGCUGUGGCGAAGAAAAUGCAAGCUCUAUCCCACCCAAUAGUUUUCACUCACGGCGAUUUCGCUCUACACAAUAUCCUGGUGUACGACGGCCACGUAUCGGGAUUCAUUGACUGGGAAACUGCGGGUUGGUACCCGGACUAUUGGGAAUUCACCACACCUCUGCGAUGGACGGCGACUAACCAUGAAUGGGGGAGUCUUCUACUAGAGUUGGGAGGUUCGAGAUAUAAGGCCGAGCUAGAGUGCGAACUAGCCAUCAGGGCACUGACGGUCGACUCGUGGAUUUUUUGAAACAUGAGGGGCUUGGUAACUGGCAACGUCCGGAGCUAGGAAAGGUCCCAACCGGCUCGGUGCUCUUACGCAAUGAUAUGUGAC